AUGGCUUGUCUCCAUGACGUGCAAAUUCUGAGCGAAUACAUCGCGUACCGCGGCCCUUCAGGCACUGGGCCUGAUGUGGUGCAGCGAUCUGCAGCAGUUAAAGCAAUAACCCAGCUGGCCUCCGAUCUUCACGUUGGCGGUCUCCGCCACCCGGCGUCUCAAAUAGAGGACGAUUCCCACGGUAUCCUUUCCCAACUAUUUCUCAACUAUUCUCUACCGAACCCAGCUGCCGUCACCUCAGCACAAUCCCUAACAAAACCAACCAUGGGGUCUCAACCGAACCUGCAACCCAUCCAGCUCUGGGGCCGGAGAGGCCCCAACCCCCCCAAAGUCACCAUGAUCCUCGAAGAACUCGGCCUACCCUACGAACACAUCCCCAUCGAGUUCAAGGACGUCAAACAACCCGAGUACCUGGCCAUCAACCCCAACGGCCGACUACCCGCCAUCCGAGACCCCAACUCGGGGCUGACCCUGUGGGAAUCCGGCGCCAUCAUCGAGUACCUGGUCGAGCGGUACGACACGGACCGCAGGCUGAGCUUUGCGCCCGGCACCAACGACGCCUACCACACCCGGCAGUGGCUGUACUUCCAGGCGUCGGGCCAGGGCCCCUACUUUGGGCAGGCGACGUGGUUCAAGAUGUACCACCACGAGAAGGUGCCCAGCGCCUUCGAGCGCUUCAAGACCGAGGUCAACCGCGUGUCGGGGGUGUUGGAGGCGUACCUUGAGUCGCAGCGGUCGGCGGCUGGGGAGGGGGGUGGGCCGUGGCUGGUGGGAGGCAAGAUGACGUUUGCGGAUAUCGCGUUUAUUCCGUGGUACUGUUGGAUGGACUGGAUGUUGGAUGAUGAGGAGUUCAAGUUGGAUGAUUACCCUACGGUGAAGGACUGGCUGGAUAGGAUGCGCGCGAGGCCGUCGGUGACCAAGGUUCUCACUGAUAUCAAGCCUGCAAACGCCAAAAAGUAA